AUGUCUGCGAACGAUUACUACGGAGGUGGCGGCAGCGGCCACGGGCACAACCAGGGUCACGGCCAACAUGGUUACAACCAGGGCGGAGGCUACGCACCUCAGCAGCCCAGUUAUGCACAGGGCCAACAGCAGCACGGUGGCUAUCCCCCUCAGUCGCAUUCCCCGUACCAGCAGGGAGGCGGCUACAACGCCCCUCCACAGCACGGAUACGGCGGACCCCAGCAGCCAACAUACGCUCAGGGCGGCUCGCAACAUCAGCAGAGCUACGGCCACGACAACCGAGGCAGCUCUCCCUACCCUCCCCAGCAGCAGUACAACCAGCCCGGUCAUGCGCCUCCCCACGGCGGACAGCCUCAGUACGGUGGCCAACCUCAGUACGGCGGCCAGCCUCAAUACGGUGCGCCCGGUGGUCCCGGCGGCCCGGGUCAGGAUGAGCGCGGUCUCGGUGCGACAUUAGUCGGUGGCGGCGCUGCCGGAUGGGCGGCACACAAGGCCGGUGGCGGUCUCCUCGGCACACUCGGCGGUGCGAUUGCAGGAGCAGUUGGCGCGAACAUGUUGGAGAACAAGUUUGAAAAGAAGCACAAGAAGGAUAAGAAGCACAAGAAGGACAAGCACCGCAAGCGCAGCGGAAGCAGCAGCUCGAGCUCAAGCAGCGACUAA